AUGAGCAACGUGGCAUCGAUCGAGUCUUCGCUUCUUGAGGAGCUUCGCCAAUCGAGCGGAACAUCCUCACCGAUCCAGGUGAUCGUGUCUCUGAAGGAGCUGGAGGAGAUGGUGUCGAAAAUGGUGCUGGAGCACCAGGAUUGUGCUGUGGAACCCGCGCACUCCGACUCAACGACUUUCGACGUCGAUGAGAUCGGCGAAGUGAAUGCGACGCUGGGACGUCUCCGCGCCGAGGUGACCAUCUCCAACGAGAUAAACCGACGGGAAAUCUCGGAACUUCGCGCCGAGAACGCUGCGUUGAAGGCAGAAAUUGAGGAGCUCAAGAGGAAAAAGAAGAAGUCUACGGGCGAGUCGAUUCGCGCGAAAAUCAACGGAGGCUGGAGAAUGGUCUCGUCGACGGGCGUGGACCAAUUCGUUGACAUGCUCACGGAGAAGUUCGUUUGGAGAGAUUUCGAUUCAGUCAUCUUCAAGAUGAAGGAGCAGUACUUCAACCUGAAGAAGAAUAAGUUUGAAAGCUGGGGAGAGCUUCUCAACAAGAAGUUGAACAGGGUGUCAGCGACACUCGGAGAACCACUGGAGCGUUUUGGCAAGGUGUCAACUACCGUCCUAUGGAAGGACACUUUGACGACGGAUGUGAGAUCGUCGAGUGGAGAAGGGAUGCUUCAACUGAAGCACUUCAUUCGGGACGAUCAUCUUCACGUCGUUGCCACCGGACAGGGACUCACUUGCGAGCGAGUCUAUGUAAAGAUGGAGGAUAAAGAAGUCGAGGAGCCAGCGAAGCCAGCGGAGAAACAGGACAUUUUCGAGGCAAUCGUUGGAAAAUGGAUUUUGGUCGAGUCGGAAAACUUUGAAGAGUUCAUCGCAUUGAACAUAACAGAGGAGGAAGAAGAGCAGCGCUUGCGGUCGAAAUCGCUCACGUACACGAAAGAAGGCGACCGGCUCAUAAUGGCGACUCCUCUAACGCCCGGCGGCGAGGAUUCGCUCUGCAGGGAAGACAUCCUCAAUCGGUGGAUCGAUUUGCAAGGAAACUUUUCGCAGUUCGUGUUCGUGGACAACAAUCGACUGAUCACCAUGGAAAAGCUCACCGACACUGACGAAGUGCAGUGGAGAUGCAUCGAGUGGAUCGGAGAGGACGGAAGACUGACGGUCGCCGAGGAGCAGAACGGCAUCGUCUGCACGAGAAUCUUCAAACGAUAUUAA